GCUUUCUCUCGUCGGAUGCUGUCCCACAUGUUUCUCAACACCCGCCGGUGGCUACUAGGCUGCUUUCUGUUCCCGAAGAACAGGAAGCAGAGCCUCCCAGUCGGAUGGCCGUUCCUCAGGGGAAACCCGGCGGCCUCCUGCAAAGGAUUGUUAGCGCCACGGAAACCUCUUCAGAUGCAGCAGACGGGCACGACUCAUCCUUCCCUGCUGCAGCUGUUGCAGGGUUCCUUGCUCCUUCGCCAGCAGCCUCAUCUUCCAGUUCGAGACGGUCACGAUCUCCAAAAAGCGGCUGCAGUUCUAUGUUCGGAAAUAUCGCGAUAGGUGUCCGCUUUUGCAGUGAUGACGUCGGUUUCGGUCAAGAUGCCUUGAAGCGCAGGAAAAAAUAAGCAAAAAGCGCAAUAAAAGCUCUCAAACCUCCUGUAUUUGUGUGCAGAACAAAGAUAGCGAUAGGUAUGUUCUUUCUUGGUCUUGCAGCGAUCGCCUACAAAAAUUGAAACGUAGGUAAAACUUCCCGAUGAAAAUGACUAUCUUCAAUGCAAUUGAUCAGAAUUUGAAUUGACGGACCCGAAUAAAGGUGCAGCGCUUAUUUCGACGUGUACUUAGUGAAGCGGAAGCAACAUGUCGAGGACGUGAAGAGAUUUAAUCUGUUGUCAAUUCAAGUACCAAUCUCUAGGUCUAGAAAGGACACUUGAGCAGCAGCUACAGAAGCAGGACACCAGGAAUCCGUUUUCAUUUGCAUACCCCCUUCGGC